GGAAAGAAGGAGUAGAGGCUGCAGGUCAGAGCAGAGUGAGGAGCAGAAGGAGCAGUGCACACCUUGGUUACAGAAACAUAAAGGAGUAAAAAGUAAAAAGAGAACUACUGAAAUCUAUCCGGCACAAUGUUAAUGAGGUCUCACUCAGAAAGAAGAGCCCUUCCUGGGUUCUCAGCCCUGCUGACACAUAGCACUCCAAAACUGAAAGAUGUGACUUUCCCACCUCCACUUUCUCAAACCCCACGGGAGUCCAUCUUUACUCCCAUAUCUCUUACUUCACCACCUCCAUGGGUAGCACAGGCUCUUUCCAAUCUGGAGCGAGGAGAACAAGAGCUAUUAAAUCUCAGGGAGCAACAGCAGGCCGAAGUAGAGGAGGUGAACCACGAACUGGACAGCGCUGCAAUUGAAGCUCAGCGAGAGGAGCGUCGCCUUCUUGAAAAGGUUGAGCAAGAUCACAGAGAAGCCCAACGGCACCUCAGUCAAGUGAAGAGAGAAAAUGCUGCUGCGGUGAGAGUUGUGCAGUCCCUUGUUGAUCAGCAACUCAGAAAAAUUGGUCAGCUGAGGGAACAGAUACAAAGAUGGGGAAGUACAGCUGGAGAAUCUAAUAAAAAUCAACUGCAAAGAGGGGUAGCAGAGAUGACCCAACCAUGGGAAAUCUCUCUAACACUUAAAAGAGUCAGUUUUUUACCAAGCCCUCAGUCCAAAUCUUUAAGCUUAGGGGAAGUUGAUGUUCGUGAGCAAGGUAUGACCUACCACAUUGGUGUCUGUAGUGCUCAAGGACAGAAGUGUGCCUUGCACUCAGCAGAUAUGAAAUUUUUUAACCUUUCCCCUCUAGAAAUUAGAAAGGAACCUCAACCAAGCAGAACUGGCCAAAGGUAUAGUCCAGAGGAGAGCAUGAAGACAAAUACUGGGAACAUGCGUAUUGUCCGGAAACUACGUCUGUCAAGUUCUACAGAGAAUGAGGAAGACUUAAAAUCACCCAACUCUCCCAUACCAAGACGCCGUGGUGUAUCUGAGUCUUCCCAAGAUGAAUUGGAAUCCGUGUUUUCAGACACACAAGGGCAAGACCUUUUCCUUGCUGUCCAACCUGUCUCCAGUCAAGGAGAAUCUGAAGGAGAUGACUCUGACAGCAGACCAAAGGGAACAAAGAGACGCAACACAGUGAAAGGUAAAAGAAAGCAAAAGGCUCUUGUCUUGGUCUCAUGUAAGGAACCAUCCUGCCCUCCUGAAGAAACAGGUGAAAAGACAAGUGAUACAGCAACAUCUCCAAACACUAGACACAAAAGUUCACUCUCCAGGCACAGUCUUGUAGAUGUUUCUACAAGGCAUCUUUCUCUUUCCCAACAAGGCCUUUCACAGAAAUCCUCAUUGGACAAUAGAAGCCCGCCAUCCCCAGCCAACAGUGAGCAUUUCUGCUACACCUAUACUGUGAAUACUCCAGUAAAUGGAUCCCUUAGGCAAGAACACUGUCGCUCAGUAUCCACAGCUGACCUCUAUGGUAAACUCCGUCCUUUAAUUAGUGAUGACAAGACUGAGAGCAGUGGAAUCAGAAAGGUCAACAGAAUGUGUCUUGUCUCUGAAUCCUCAACUUUUGAGCAAGGCCAAGGAAACUCCCAAGAAUUUGAAGGGAACACAAGCCGUGAUGAACAACAGUCCACAGCCAUGACUCAAGUUACACAGGGUUUUAGUUCAAAUCGUGUGAGCAGAUCUCUGUCAAUGUCAACCAUUGAAGGUGACAAAUUCCACAGAGUCAAUGAAACACAGCAGGAUAUGGAAGAGGAAGCUGUGUCUGGUUUGAAGGAGUUGGUGGAAAGAGCUGGUGGUUCAACUGCCCUAGACUCAGCUUAUCUAGUCAAACAGUUUGGAAAACAAGGAUCAGGCCGUACUGACUUCAACCUGCCAAGUGGUAUCCACGCAACUGUCAAAGGGCAGCUAUUUGUGGUGGAUUGUGGUAAUGCCAGAAUUCAAGUCACAGAUCUCCAGAAGAAUGUUGUACAACAGGUGUCUCCUUCAGGAUCUGAAAGGUCGUCCCGCAUCUGCAACUACUUUGAUGUGGCUGUGAACUCAAAGGGCCUCAUUGCCCUGACUUGUGCUGCUGAACGAGCUGUGCUGGUGUUCAGUCGUCAUGGACGGCUCCUGCAAACGUUUGGAGGCACUGCAAUCGGUUCUACCACUGAAGAGUUAGAUGCUCCGAGAGGGGUCACUGUUAACCGUCAAGAUGAGUUUUUAGUUGCUGACAUCAAGCGCGGCACUUUAACUGCCUUAAAGCUGGAUCCCAAAACAGGGGCCAGGUUAGAGCGCACAGUGGUGACAGGGUACCACAGACCCUACUUGGUUGCAGCUUGUCUCACCACUGGGCUCAUGGCAAUAUCAGAAAGAGGCAAUGAAACUGGGCGUGUCCCAUGCAUUCGAGUCCUGGAGCCAGGCUGGAACACUAUCCGAAUACUGGGAGUGUGUUCUGGCCUGGGGCCAGUCCUGACCUGUCCAUGGGGCCUCUCUAUUGACAGUGAUGGGGAUGUAUUGGUGACAGAUUGGGGCAAACAGCACCACCGUGUCCUUAUCUACCCAUCCAAGGGAGUUGGCUGGCCUCUGGUGACUGACAACCUAAGUAGCCCAAGAGGUCUAGCACUUCUCCCUGAUGGCUACAUGGUAGUGUCAGACAGCAUGAAUCACUGCAUUAAGAUCUACCAGUACAAAUAAAUGCAGUGCAUGGUAAAGACUGAGAUACAAUAAAAUAGAGAUACACUAAGGGUGAAAAGUUUUAGAACACCCCAAUUUUUCCAAUUUUUUAUUGAAAAUUAUGCAGUUUUAUAUCUCAUUGCACUCUGAAAUGAAAGCAUGUAUUUUAAACUUCUGACUGAUCAAUGUAGCCACAUUUGGCAGAUACAACAGCUGAACACACACCAGUGGCAUUCACUCUACAACAGAGAUCAAAUAUUCUUCAGAAAGUUCUUCCCAUAUCUGUCGCACAAGUUCCCAUAAAUGUGGCACGUGUAGGUUGCUUUGCUUUGACUCUCCUGUCCAGUUCAUCCCAAACCAGCUCGAUGGGGUUUAAGUCUGGAGACUGUACCGGUCACUCCAUGUUUUCAAGCUUACCAUCUUGUUCUUUGUUCCUGAGGUAGUACUGGCAUAGCUUGGACUUGUGUUUUAGGUCAUUAUCUUGCUGUAGGUUGAAACCCUGACCAGCUAGAAGGAUAACAGAGGGUAUUGCAUGGCGCUGCAGAAUGCUGUGUUAGCCGUUUUGGUUCAGAGUGCCUCUCACUCUGUACAAGUCACCCACCCUGGAUCAAGCUUCAAACCAUCACACUUCCUCCUCCAUGUUUGACAGUUGAUGCCACACAUUGUAGAGCCAUCCUUUCGCCUACUCGAAGGCAUAAUACCUUCUUCCAGUCUUCAGUAGUCCAAUGGCGGGGUUUCAUGGCCCAGGCAAGCCUCUUUGUCUUAUUCUGACGUCUUAGCGAUGGCUUUCUUCCUGCAGCUUGUCCUGUCAAACCUGCAGCUCGAAGUCUUGCUUACUACAAUCACUAUUGAGCUGUGCUUGAAGCUGUUGUCCUUGUCCUGUAACGUGAACUGUGAAAUCUCAGAAAUCUGUCCUCUGAUUCAGUUGUGGCUUUGGGUCUGCCAGACCUUUUCCUGUCAGAGUUUGCCCAAGUUUCAUUGCCUUUUGAUGGUGAAAGAAACUGUACUCACUGACACCUUAACUUUCCUUGCAAUUUCUCUUUAGGAAAGACUUACAUUUUUAAGUGUUAUGAUGGUCUGUCUCUCUUCCAUUGUUAAUUGCCUCUUUCUUUCUUUCAUUUUUGUAGCAACAAACUACUUUCUGCCAUGCAAUGCAGCACUUACCUUUGUACCAUCUCAAGCUAUUCAUUAGACUUGAACAACUUGAAUUGCAUUAAAUAACUGGAAAAAUUGGGGUGUUCUUAAACUUUUGACUGGUAGUGUAUUCUAACAAUAAUUGGUGAAAUAAUUCGAGGUAGGUUAAACUCUUAGAAGAGUUAUAAUCUGACAUUUUUUGAGAUUCUUCUAAAAUCUUGUACCUCUUACCAGUUAUAUUUGACAUGAUUAUGCUUGAAGAGGUUUAAAGAUUUAGGGUCAUAAGUUAGAGUGGUGUAGAAAAUUACUACUUUAAUAGAAUUAAUUUUCAAUAUUUUCCUUUAAUUUCCAAUUCCAGAAGAUGCAAGCAAUAUGGCAUGCUUGGAAAAUGUGAGCACAGUGCAAUGGGUACAUCUAUAACUCUUGAUAAUUGUGUGUU